CGGACAACACAAACUACAGCUGCUACAGUCAUGUGACUGCGGCCAUGCUGGAGCACUGCCUUUAGUCAAACAAAUCGACCCCAGGACUUAUUCUUUGUAAGCCGAGUACUUAUUCAACCGGUCGACGUAAACACACCUGCAUCAGUUGUCAAGCGAUGGUGGGGGUACAAACACACACACACACACACACACAUGUAUGUAUACAACGGGUUUCCACUCACAAGGCUUUGGUUGGCCCGAGGCUAUAGUAGAAGACACUCACCCAAGGUGCCAUGCAGUGGGACUGAACCUGGAACCAUGUUGUUGGUGAGCAUGCUACUUACUACGCAGCCACUCCUGCACCGAUGGGGGGGGGGGGAAUUCAAAACGAAGUUAAUAAUACUAAAACAUUAUGGAAAAGGAGAAGCACCGCACCACUGCCUUUUUUUUCCUUCAGUUUUCUUUUUCUGACUUACGUCGUAUGCUACUUAAAACAGAGAUCCACAGAAAUUACAGUUUUUGGUGGACUAGAUAAUUUCCAACAGAAGUAUUUAUUGUCAUACUGUGCCGGUGGCACAUAAAAAAUACCAUUCAAACGUGAUCAAUGCCAGUGCUGCCUGAAUGGUCCCGUGCCGGUGGUAUGUAAAAAGCACCAUUCAAGCAUGGUCGAUGCUAGUGCUAGCAGACUGGUUCUGUGCUGGUGGCACAUAAAAAGCACUCACUACACUCUCGGAAUGGUUGGUGUUAGGAAGGGCAUCCAGCUGUAGAAACUUUGCCAGGUCGGAUUGGAGCCCGGUGCCGCCUUCUGGUUUGCCAGCCCUCAGUCAAACUGUCCAACCCAUGCCAGCAUGGAAAGUGGACGUUAAACGAUGAUGAUGAUCAAGAUAAUUAGCAUUGGUCAUUUACAGUUGACAUCAGCAAUAAUUACUGACUGAGAGAGAGAGAUACUGCUCUGAAGUUACAGAAAGCUAUUAGUAUGGCAACAUGUGGUUGGCCCAAGGUGUCUGAAAACAAGUAUGCUACAUUCAUGGCUACAGAGGUUUGAUGUGCUAGAAAAUGCACCCAAAUCUCCCACUUUAACAUUAGUGAAUAAAUGCUCUGAUUCAAUUACAUACUCUCUUAUCAAACAACAACAACACAAACAUGAACAGCAGUAACAUAGAGAGUUAAGCCAAAGACUGGGAAUCCUGGAUGUUUAAAACCAAAAUCCAAAAUGUUGUUUGAAGAAAAAUGUUGGCAUGAAAAUUUACUACCGUUUUUCAGAAAACAAAAGUUGAUAGGAAGUACUCAUUGCAAUGAAUAUAGCAUUAUUAGAUUUAUUGGAACAAGAAUGGCAGCCACAUUGGAGCCUUUUAAAUGUAAAAUAAGCAAUAAAAAUGAAAUUUCAUGAAGAUCUAUUCAAAUUGGAAUCCAGAUUUAUUUCAUACCAAACAAGAUGGUCCUCAGGUUUUGGUUACACAAAAACACAAGGCCAAACCUCGUGCUGGCUUAUGAGAUUCGUUUACUAUGGUCUUGGCAGAUAUCUAUGACAAUUGGCAGCAUUCGCAGGGCUGUUAGCUGGAGAAUUUGUAUAUCUGUAACAACAGAUCUAUGAGUCACACCUCCUCGUACAACUUGUGGCUACUGGAAUACCAUAGGUUCGUUAGUCAGAGCUGACGUCAGGUUACACAAUACCAACAAUAAGUGAUGAAAACAAGGGAGACGCUUUGUAGGCACAGGGUCUGCUAGAGACAGCAGCCAAAUCUCCAUCCAAUCACACUCUAGCAGCUUAAAUAUUAAAAGCCCCAUUGGCUAAUGACUGAAUAAAAAAAAUGAUCCUCACAACUGACUUGAGGCUACAUAACAACACUGCCCUACACCUCUUUACAUUCCUCUUUGGAUAAAAUAGUCCAGGACAGAGAACGCUUGAAGGAAGGUCAUGUUUAAGUUACCUCUGAAUAAUUUUUUGGUUUUUCUGCGUAUGUGAGGAAGAAACUUAUUCUUUUCAUAAGGAUCAGAAAUAUGUUAAGCUUAAGAACUUAAAAAUGAAGGAAGAAGCCUCAACCAAUCGUGUUUGCUCCAAGGCACAUUGAAUUCUAAUACCAGUCACUAGAAUUGUAUUCAAUUUAGGGAUCAUUUAUUUUUUUUUAAAGUUUAAUAACACUCUUUAUAUUCCUUGCACUAUUUUCCAGACUUUGACAUUAAACUACAGCAGUAUUAUGCAAAUUUAUGGUCCAUUCUGACACAACUAUUUUAUUAAUCAAGAAUUCAUUACUUACACAUCACUCUCUUUCAUAAUUAAUUGAAUUAGCUGUUAAUCUCUGAUCUCAGAAUUGAGUUGAAUUCUUGAUCAAACCGUUGAUAUAAACAGAAAAAACAAACAAAAACUUUUUAAAAACUGUUAUCAGUGCUCCAAUGAAUAUUAUUCAGUACCUAAAAUUAGAAUAGUGAUUUGACAGAGAACACAGAGUAUCAACCAGUUUAAUAUUAUGCAAUAUUUUAGUUCAGUCGCUCUAUAGAAAACAAAUAUUUUGCCGUAUACUAAAGGGUGAUUCAGUUGUUCAUUUGCUCAUACUGUUGCAGAAAUUGACUUUUUUUUGCUUAAUCAAAAAAAAAAAAAAAAUAAUAAAUAUAUUAAUUAAUUGUAAUUGAGCCAUUUGUAGAGGUGUCCAAAAAUGUUGGCGUCCAGCGCUGGUCAUGCUUGGAAAUUUAUGCUUCCUUUGUUAACCACAUGUCGUUAUCAUCAUUGUUUGGUAUUGCCUAAACCUUUGUCCAGAAUUGGCAAGCCUUCCAUCACUGACAAAUGCCUGGUCAGAAUUAAAACGUUUUUUAAUCCACUGUCAGAAAAUUUUAGAAAAACUUCUACCUCUGCUUCCAACUGUAGUCUUUUAAAAUGUUCCUCAGGACCGUUGUCUUGUCAGCUGUCUCCUGCGUAUACGUCAUCACCUGUUAUGUCCUGGAAAUCCCUUGAAUGUCGACAUGCAUCCACUGAUUCUACAAAAAAUGAAGACAAAUUUAAGAUUAUAAUGGCAACAUCUAUAUUAAAAGAACUCAGACAUGCUCCUACACCUGCUCUAGUUCUCGGAAUCUCAGGACUUAUACCUUUUGUGUCGUUCCCCGUUUAUAUGUUUAUGUCCGAUGUUUACAUGCCUGAAAUGGCUUUAGCUCAAGCUACGUAUGGUGCUGUGAUUUUGUCAUUUCUUGGAGGUGUCAGGUGGGGCACUGCUAUUUCGUAUAGCAGCAUCAUCAAACCAGACUGGAAUAACUUAGGCCAGGCUGUGGUGCCUUCCCUGGCUGGUUGGUCAGCAAUUCAGCUAUCUUGCCCUGCUUCAACAAUGAUACUGGCUGGUGGCUUUGCUUGCCUUGCCUACUAUGACAUGGCUUUUACACCAUAUCUACCUUGGUUCAGAGCCUUGCGGUUGUUUCUCAGUGGCAUCGCUGUGUUGGCACUGUGCAGUGACCUACUGUGUUACUUGAUUCUGCUUUCAAGUGCUGACAAAGCAAAGCGAGAAAGCCAAACUUGCUAGUGAAUGUGAAAAUGAUUCCUCCCACCCAUUUAGGAGCCACUCCCUAAAUGUUUAACUGAAUUUUGUUUUGGGUCAAGAUUAUCAUCUGUGAUGGUGCCUUUACUGAGUUGAGUCCAUGUUGUGUUCUUCCCCAUUUCUUAAAUAAUGUGUUAUGUUUGUGUAUAGAUGUGAACAGCAAAUUGCUCAGGUGUAAGGGAAGCCUUUACUACUUUUCCUUGUGUGUGUGUGUGUGUGUGUAUGUAUCUUAUUUUCCAAGCGUUAUCUCUGUAUUUAUAUGUGUGUAUACACUCAAUUAUUUGAAAUUGAGACUUCUCUCUCACUACUCUGAGUUUUUUGAAUAAAUGAUUAAACUCUGGCA